GACGUUCAGGGCUGCCAAUCUUCCAGUUGUGAAAGUUUUUUUAUGGCCCAGUUAUAAAAAUUUAUGGCACGCGAGUGAGCUUUUCAGAGGAGAUCCAAUGGAAAGGGAAAAUCUGGUGUUCGUGACGGGAUUUGGUCCCUUUGCCGGUCACGAGUCCUGCAAUGCCAGCUGGGAGGCCGUCAAGCUCCUGCCGGACACGGUGACGGUCAGGGAGACGAGGUAUCGCAUUGAGAAGCUGCAGGUUCCGGUGGUGUACUCGGACGUGGACAAGAUUGUCCCCAGGAUCUGGGACAAGAAUCCUCUCCUUGUCAUCCACUGUGGCGUCCACUCGUCAGCCAGCAAAGUGCACCUGGAGAAGUGCGCCUACAAAUCCUCCUAUCCCAAUCCGGACUGGCAAGGCGAGUGUCUGCCCUCGAGCUCAGCCAAUCUCUGCCGCCAUGGUCAAGACUGUGAUAAACUGGAGACUUCGUUCAACGUCCACAAAAUCGCCGAUGAACUCAAUGAGAAGCAUAAAGACAUCUUCUCUGGAUCCACUGACGUCGGCCACUACCUCUGCGGCUACAUCUAUGUGAAAUCCCUGGAUUUCUGCCCGUCCAGAACGCUGUUUAUUCACGUGCCAAAAGUGGAGAUCAUCGAUCCUGCGACUGUCCAAAGGGGAAUUGUGGAUGUUAUACAAAAAUGCCUGGAACAGAUUUGAGAAUUUGAGGAUUUUGAGCAUGAAAAUUAAAACUUUCCGUAUGUUUUAGAACUGUUUAUUACUUUUCUUCCUAAUAUUAAGAGACAAUAUAAUUCAAUUGGGGUUUCUUUCUUCAUAUAUUCUCUGUAAAUAAACAUCUUUGUCACAUGCAGCUAAGAAAAUUCCUCUGAAUUCUUGUUGCUCUCAAAAAAUCCAGUUCUCAAAACAGAUUAAAUACUUUUUUUUCUUCAAUUCACUCUAAAUAUGCACAGCGUUUCAGCUGAAAUUGGCCUAAAAAUAUUCAUUCACUGGGCUUUGGAUAGAAAACACAAGAUUAAUCAAGAAGAAAUGAGCUUAGAAACUUAGGAAAAUUCUCAAUGAUUCUUUUUAAAAGCAGCUUUUGGUUUAGUUUCAUUAUAUUUUCGUAACUAUUAAACUUCUAUGUUUUUUUAGUAAUGUUAUUCUAGGUUUUUAAAAUUAAAUUGACUCUGGUUUCAUGCGAGAAAACUAAUAAUUGGAAAAAUUUUCCUCUUCUAUAUUUUCUUUUCCAUAAUUCAAUUAUUUAUAUGCAAUCAUCUAUCAGAUGAUUAACUAACUUACUAAUUAAUCCAUCAUUAAAUGUUCUCCUUGUAAUUAACAUGCCUUCAAUCAAGAACACUGUAAACGGGAUGUGCAAUUUCUGGAGACUUGAGGAGAUUUUUCUCUCACUUUCUUCUUCCACCUCCUCAAAACUAUAUUGCAAAGCAUGGCGUAUUUCUUUAUCCUAAGAGAAUUUCUCUCAUCUAAUUAACUUUACUGCCAAUACUGCAAUUUUCUCUUACACUCCUAUCGCGAUGAAGUUCGCUGAUUUGUAUGGCACACGCUAUUGUUGCAAAAUCAUUUGCAUGUUCUCAAGCAAAGAAUUUUUGCACUAAAGGGACUUUUUUUCUCAUAUGUCAUCACCUAUAAUUUAUCCUUGUAAUUUAAUUUACUGAUAUGCUUAAUUAAUUCUCACUUCAUCUCUCCCAUUCUAAUCAUUCUAACACGAUAAAUUUAUUUAUAUUGCACGCCACACGAAAAAAUUCUCUAUUCUUUUUUUUUCCUAAAAAUCAUUCUUUUCUUUCAUCAAUCAUUAUAUGUGAAAUCCUCUCCUAAACAUUUUUUUUCUUUCUACACUUCUGAGACGAUAAAAAACGGAGGAUUUUGCGGCAGAGAAGAGACAAAAAUUGUACUUUCAAUCGAGAUUUGAUAAGUGUUUUUUUUUCUGUUAUCGGUAAAGAAGUUUGCGAAAAAGUCAAAGAUAUACUUGAAAAAUUCGGUAAAUUGCAAGGCACAGAAGAAGAAUUUAUAGUUUUUUGUUCUUUUCUCUUUAAAAAAUGUAAUAUGUCGGUGGGCGAGAAUCAUCUUCUCAUUAUCCCAGUUGACAAGGAGAUCUUAAAAGAUAUUCUGUCUGACUCAGUGACAAAAAUUCGAUAUUUAUACAAACACAAAUUCAUUCUGAAGAGUCUCUCUAAGCAUUUCAAUCACACACUUUCUUUCUUUCUUCCCACAAAAAUUUCUAAUAUAACACAUUCAUUGUAUUUUCUCCAUUUUCUCUCUUUCUCUCUACCAUAAGAACUAAGGUUGAACAACCAUUUCUCGCGCAAAAAAGUGAUGAUAAAAAUUUGUGUGCUUCAUUUCGCCAAGUUAGAAGAUCGGAAAAUGUAACUUUCCCUCCAAGUAAAGUUGGAGAAGUCAAUUGGAAGAAUAUAUUUUUCUCUCAUUUUGAGAAAUUACUAAUACUAGAAAUGCGAAUUUCUUCAAUUGUUUUUCUUUUUCUUCUACAAAUUCGCCAGUUUCUUUUUUUUAUCUUAUUCUUCUUCAUUAUUUUUUUUAAUUCAUAGAGAAAUUGCUUAUGUAUUCAUUCUCAAAAAAUAUGGUGUAAUUGUCUUUCACUAGGAAAUGAAAAUGCUCAGCACUGAACAGUGAGUCUUUUCCACACACCAAAAAAGAAUAGCACAAAUCACUCUCUCAAAAAAGAAAACCCAUAGAUUGUGGAAAACCAAUAAGUUCUGAAUUGGAGAAAAGCAUUACAAGGUCUGCGCUUGAGGCGCUUGACAAUUUGUCAGCAAUAAAAACUCACUGUCGGCGUGCAUUUCUUCUAACACUCUGUCGUGGACCAAAAAAUCCAUAUCUAGUAAAAUCCUCCUACACAAGAAGGGACGUUUUCUUUUUUUUUAUAAUGUUCGUCACAGACUAAUUUGAAUCACACACCAUCUUCGCACUUUUUGCUAAUUUCCCUCAUCGUCAAUCGUGGACUAAUUCAAUAAAAUCCCUACAAUUCUCCGGUCAAAAUACAACAGUUAAAAAAAUAUAUCAAUAUAUGACUAUACAUCUGAUGGAUGUAAAAUAUCUCACGGUACUGUAACUCACACUCUCCCUUGGAGUUCCAUCCAUCCAUCUCUCAAUUCCCUGCACACACUCUCCUCGGCCUUGUCGUGGCAUCUCGAAAGGUUGGUCAGAAAUCACAAUGUGAAGAUCCUCUUUAAAUGCCCCAGCGCAAAUACCGUUGUCGCUGCUAUAAAAUAAUCUCGGGGGUUUCUUGGGUGAAGAAGGUCGCCUCGCACGCCUCAAAGAGAUCCGUCUGCGUCUGGGCGGAGCGGCUCAUCUGGCUCCUCGACGCCGCUAUCGUCUGCUGCAGCAGAGCAUUGAUGUCUAUCGCUGGCCACGAGACCAGCGAGACGUUGUGUCAUAAGGCGUCGCGGACGCACUCUGAGCACUGCAGCACGGACGCCAGGCUGCUGUUGGACGUCGUGGCGCACAGGUCGCGGGUGCUGGUGUAGCUGCCGUACUCGUGCGCGUAGCAAAUCCCGCCGUCGCUCCCGUCCGACUCCUUGCGCCGGUGGAAGUGAUGGUGAUGAUGAUGGUGGCUGUGGGCCUGCUCCUGCGAGCAAUACCCAUUGUCCUCGACAUCCUCGCCCAUGUCCACUUCCAGGGUGCGCAGGAGGACGCU